AUGCCUACUCCUAGGCUCCUCGUCCAGGCUACCUCAACAUGCCCCAAGCCCCUCUCCACCCCCUCCCCCGCUCCGCCACCACCCCAAACCCCCGACGACUCCCAAGACUUCUUCAACUACACCUACGGCCGCUUCCUCUGGCGCGAGCCCCAGCAACUGCGCGCGCGCCACCGCGCCUUCAACGCCGCCGCGCUGCAAGCCGUCGCAGCGCAGGCCGCCGGCGCGCAGUCAUGCGUCUCGAUGCGCAAAGUCUGGGAGACGGACUACUUCAAGCUGUUCCGCCUGGUGCUGGACGACGGGCGCGAGGUGGAGGCCCGGGUGCCGCACCCGAACGCGGGCGCGGCGCGGUACACGACCGCGUCCGAGGUGGCGACGAUGGCGUUUGCGCGCGACGUGCUGGGGGUGCCGGCGCCGCGGGUGCUGGCGUGGAGUAGUGCGCCGGAGGAGGAGAAUGCGGUCGGGGCGGAGUAUGUGGUUACAGAGAAGGUGGAGGGGACGAAGUUGGUGUAUCUUUGGGGGGAGAUGAGUCUGUAUGAGAAGGAGAGGAUUAUUGAUGAGCUUGUUGAGAUUGAAAAGAGAUUUUUGAAGGUGGAGUUUAGCAAGUCUGGUGCUAUAUACUACGCAAAUGAGGGCCUACCCGGCUGCGAAGAAGUGGAGAUCACCGGUGACUUUUCUGAAGAUGUCAGGGAGAGCCUCAGUAGAUUUGCAAUCGGUCCAACAACCGAGAGAGAGUUCUGGAAGAAUGGAAAAUCGGACAUGGAUCUCAAUCGCGGUCCCUGGCGCACAGCACAAGACUACUUCGAGUCAAUCGCUCACAACGAAAUCGCCUGGCUUCGCCGAUUCGCCACUCCGGACUCCCUCGACAUGACCAAUCGAUGGAGCGUAAGCUACAACCAACGGAUCCCAGAAGCCCACAUAGAAAUGCUCCGCAAGUACCUCAGCGUUAUACCCCUAGUUACGCCAAAAGACCCGGAUCUCAUAUCAUUCCGCCUCUGGAACUCGGAACUGCACGAUCAGAACGUGCUCGUUCAUGAAGGCAAAAUCACCUGUAUCUUUGAUUGGCAGGCUAUCUCUGUCCGACCGCUCUUCCAUUCCGCUAGCGUGCCUCACUGUAUACGCUAUGCCGGAGACCUGAUGCUGGAGCUGCCGGAUAACUUCAACGAGUUGGACGACGAAGAGAAGGCAGAGAUGCGUGACACAGUAUCUCGAUCUAUAUCAUCGCGUCUCUACAGCCAAAAGACGGAAGCGCAGAACCCCUUGCUUCAUAAAACGCUCACGCAUCCUCAUUGCGACAGAAUUGGGGAACUGAUAGCCUGCGCGGAGGGCACUUGGGAUGGCGAUCUCGUCAGACUUCGCGAGAUCUUGAAGAGAUUGGAACGAGACUGGGAAACCCUGGGCAUUGACGCGCCAUGCCCCUACCACUUCUCCGCCGCCGAGCUCGAGAAACACCGCGAGUCGGCUGAGGGCUUUAACCAAAGCCAGGACCUAUGGCAGCAGUUUUCUGACAAAAAUAUGCUACGUCGAGACGGAUGGGUUUUCCACGAAACGUUCGAACUGUUAGUUGAAAUGUUUGCAGGGCUCCGGGACGAUGGGCUUAGGGACUGUAAGAAUGACCCUGAGUGCACUGAGGAACAGUGGAAUGACUUGGAAGAAGCGACGCGGUGGGUUUUGGAGCACAAAAGGAAAGGAGGAGGUGGGGAGGCCGUCAGUUCCGGUUGAGUGGCCACAAUGUUGAGCUCUGGCGCAAGACAUAGCCAGCGCCAACCUCGGGAGGACUCCAACAAGUUUCCCAAGCGUGUAAUCGCGACACUCCACUCACUCCACUUAGAACCUGUAAAAAUAGUCAGAUACUAGAUAUCCUAAGAUGCGCACUGCAUAAUCCCACAUCAAAAACAGGGGCC